UUGGUUCAUUAUUAAUCUGUUCUUCACAUAGCAAUAUGCAGAAGACAUUAUUCUUGUUGUCUGCCCUCCUUGUUUUCAGCACAGCAGCAGAGGACUCUUGUGCUGGGUGUAAACAAAUGUCAGCUAGGCUUCUAGAUAAUCUCAAAGCUAAUGACAGUAUCUGGAUGCAGACUAUUAUUAUGGUUAAACUUAUAUGCCCCAAAGAUAGUGAUCCGUCUUCUUGUGAACAAAUGUCUAAAGAAAAUUGGAAAGAUUUGGCUGAUGUCUUCUACAAAAUUUUAUUGGGCCAAGAGAAAGCUUGCCAGCAAACUGAAGCUUGUAAUAUUAUUGAGGAAUGGACCUGUGACAAGUGUAUAGAAAGUGUGCAACAUCUGGGAGCAAAUGAAAGGACCAACUAUUACGAGGCUUUUACUUUACUCCAAGAUGUCAUAUACAGUUACUGUGAGGACAACAAAACCAUUGAUAAUUGUAAAAAAGUUGUAACAAGGUUGACUCCAGUGGGCUUAAGUUUAAUUAAUACAACCUUGAAUUCUUUCCCUCCCGACUACCUUCCCUCAGAGAAUAUCUGUAUUGACAUCUUCAUAGACAAGAUAAUAGCAGAUCCUUGCAAUGAUGUUUGUUAGAUAUUUGAGAAAUGAUUUGAUUAAUUUUCUAUUUUAUAAUCCCGUUCUAAAUAAAUCCAUUAGAUCUGUUU